AGGAGAAAAUGCCUCGCUUGUGAAUCGCCUUGUUUUAGUAACGUUAAUCAUGUCUUUUUUCUAUCCUCAAUUAAUUAACGUUAUAUCUUUUCCGAUAUUGUGGUUUUAACCUUUCGGUAACUUUUAUAUCCAUUGCCGUGGGUAGACAUUCUGGUCUGACGUGUUAUUUUAAAGUAUAAAAACCGCGGUUGCAGCUGCUGGCUAAUCGGCUAGCCAUGCUAGCUUGUUGUGAAAAUCAACAACAUUCCUGGAGGCUUUUUGUAGCCACUUAGAGAAGAGAACGAGACAAAAACAACGGUAGGCAGACACAACAGGCGUGUCGGUAACGAAAAGGAUGUCCAUUCAAUACGAGGAGCCUGCGUUAACGGGGAGUUACGAUGCGGUGGGGUCAUUUCCUAAAAGUUUUGGCUACGGGGUGGAGGAGACCGACAUGGAGGAGAGCUCCGCUUCAGCUGACAAACCGAGGAUACUGCUGAUGGGUCUGAGGCGCAGCGGCAAGUCUUCUAUUCAGAAGGUUGUUUUCCACAAGAUGUCACCCAAUGAAACGUUGUUUCUUGAGAGCACCAACAAAAUCUACAAGGACGACAUCUCCAGCACCUCCUUCGUCAACUUUCAGAUCUGGGACUUUCCCGGCCAGGUGGACUUCUUCGACCCCUCCUUUGACAGUGAGAUGAUCUUCAACGGGACCGGCGCUUUGAUCUUUGUCAUCGAUGCUCAGGAUGACUACGUCGAGGCCCUCGGGCGGUUACAUCUCACCAUAUCCAGAGCCUACAAAGUGAAUCCAGACAUCAACUUUGAGGUGUUCAUCCAUAAAGUAGACGGCCUGUCAGACGACCACAAAAUAGAGACACAAAGAGACAUUCAUCAGAGGGCCAACGAUGAUCUGGCAGACGCCAGCCUGGAGAAGCUUCACCUCAGCUUCUACCUAACCAGCAUCUACGACCACUCCAUAUUUGAGGCCUUCAGUAAAGUCGUCCAGAAGCUCCUCCCUCAGUUACCGACGUUGGAGAACCUUUUGAACAUUUUCAUAUCGCACUCUGGGAUCGAGAAAGCCUUCCUGUUUGAUGUUGUUAGCAAGAUUUACAUCGCCACAGACAGCUCUCCUGUGGACAUGCAGUCCUACGAACUCUGCUGUGAUAUGAUCGACGUUGUCAUCGAUGUCUCCUGCAUUUACGGGCUGAUGGAGGACGGCAGCGGCUGUGCCUACGACAGCGGGUCCAUGGCUAUCAUCAAGCUCAACAACACCACGGUGCUUUAUUUGAAAGAGGUCACAAAGUUCCUCGCUCUCGUCUGCAUCCUCAGAGAAGAGAGCUUUGAGAGGAAAGGUUUGAUAGAGUACAACUUCCAUUGUUUCCGGAAAGCCAUCCACGAGGUGUUUGAAGUUGGCGCCCCGCCUCAAGACGUGCGCUCCUCCAGAACCCACCUGAUGGGCCUGAAGUUCGGGGCGGUGAACGGCAGCGCCGUCUAAGAGGCAGCAAGCGGACCCUGAGAGCAGCGAGGCCACAUAAAGGCACACGUUGCCUUACUGCGUGCAGCUGAAGGUGAUUCACUUGAUGGACUGAGCAGGCUAUUUGUUCUUCUUUCUGCACAUUUAUUGCUACUGGCCAGUUACUUCUGUGUAUUUACGUCAAGUUAAAGCACAAAACAAAAAGCUCCAGCUAAAUGUCCACAAACUUCAAUUAACAGUAUGAACUUCUUACAUGUCCCUGCUCAUAUAACUUUUAAGGUUUGGCUUUUGUAAGUGGAUCUAAUAGCCACUAUUAGAUUACAUGAUGUUUUUCUGUUGAUAAUGAAUCAUUUGACCAGCAGCUGGAGCUCUGCUCAGCAUCCCUGUCAGACCAGUACUGUGCCAGUUAUACCGUUGGAGUCCUGGUUUAUUACCAGCAUGUUGGCCCUCAUGGAGCCUGCAAAUAACCAUCUGCCACAUCUGAUGAGCCCCGAAUUCUUGUACAUUGUUAUGAACGUUUUGACCAGCUUUACUCCACGGGGAUUCAGAUUGUUGUCUUUAGUUUUGCUUUUUGAUGCAAGCGAUUGCUAAUAUUUCAGAGAUUUGUAAUUAAUGUAAAUCAUUUUUUGAUAAACUAUGUCUACUAUUUUUCUGAGUCAAACUUAUAAACACUUUUGCUCAUAA